CAUUUUCAUUCAAGAACUCAUAUGGUUCAAAUAUUUGUGGGUUAUUUCUAAUCAUUUAUUUGAGUUGAGAGAGGUCCCAAAAAAUGGGGGUUCAUUCCCUAUGUCAGAGCUUCUUGUUCUUGUCUUUAAUAUUGUUUGGUGCAGUGAAUUUGUGCAGUGCAGAUGACAAGACUUUUGAGGUUGUUGGAACCACUGAGUGUGCUGAUUGUAGCCAGAAUAACUUCAAGUCUUCUCAGGCAUUUUCAGGACUUCGCGUGACCAUCGACUGCAAGCUCGAAAACGGCGACGUCAAGCGGUUCGGAUCCGGGGAGGUCGACGAGCAAGGCAAGUUCAAGGUCGCCCUCGCCCAAAAGCUCAACGACAAAUGCUACGCGCAGCUCCACAGCGCGGCCGCCCUCCCAUGCCCCGCCCACAACGACAUUGAGGCUUCCAAGAUCGUCCUCAAGUCAAAAACCAACAGCAAGACGACAUUCGCCCCGGCUAAAACCCUCCAAUUCUCAGCCACAUUGUGCUCCUCCAAAACAUUCUUGCCCUACUGGAAGCACCCUCCCCUCCCUCCCCACCCAUGGUUCAAACCUCUCCCCAAACCCACCCUACCCCCUUACACCCACCCCUGGUUCCACAAGCCCACCCCAUCACCCGUCCCCGUCUACACUCCCACUCCAAAACCACCCGUUGUUGAGCCUCUCCCGCCACCCGCCCCCGUCUACACGCCCACACCAAAACCACCCGUGUACAAACCUAAACCUAAACCACCGGUCUACACGCCUACGCCCAAACCACCGGUCUACAAGCCUAAGCCAGAACCACCAGUGUACAAGCCCAAGCCCAAACCACCAGUCUACAAGCCCAAGCCCAAACCACCAGUCCACAAGCCUAAGCCCAAACCACCGGUCUACAAGCCUAAGCCAGAGCCACCAGUAGUGAAGCCCCCGGUGAAGAAGCCAUGCCCGCCAGUCGUGGUGAAGCCACUCCCGCCACCAGUGCCCGUGUACAAGCCACCGGUGAAGAAGCCGUGCCCACCACUCCCGCCAAUCCCGAAGAUCCCGCCAAAGUACUUCCACCACCCCAAAUUCGGGCACUACCCGCCGCUGCCUCCAAGCAUCCCUCACCACCCUUGAUCAUUUUCAACAAUUAAACCGAAACUGUAAUUAGUAAUGCAUAUCAGCUAGCAAGGUGUUAUGUCUAAGCUGCCAAAUAAAAAUAUGCGUUUUCUUUAAUGAAGGAAUUAUGUGUUUGAGAUGAAAGGAAGUUUGAGUGAUAGAUCAUAGGAAGCACAUCAUUGAUCAUAUUUUAUUGGGUUUUCACCCUUUGUAUUUGUUUGAUUUGGUUUGAUAUCAGAUGUUUGUGUAUUUUCAAA